AGAUUGGUGAUUGGAGGAGUGCAACAAAAACAAAUCAAAGUAGGGUGAAAAAGCAAAAGAAAAACACAGGCUCUGAGAGAGGAAGAGAGAGAGACUCACAGAAGUGAAGAUAACAGAGAAAAGCGCCGAUUUUUUAUCUCUUGGCGUUUCAAAGACAAAAGCCAACACACAACCCAUAUCUCAUUACCAUCAUCACUCUUCUAUAUUUAUUUUUUCAAUUGUUCUGGAGAAAAUUUGAGGCCAAAGUUGUUCACUUUUUUGAGUUUCUGCUGCUGCUCGGCUGCCAUCACACUAUGGCUGUCUGAGACAAAGUGCAUUUUUCACCGUUAUCUCCAUAGAUCUUGAGAGAUGGAAAAGGAAGGGAAAACCUCUAAGGCCACAGAGUCAGACUUUGUGCUGCAAUGGGGGAACAGAAAGAGGCUUAGAUGUUCAAAGUUGAAGCAGGACGAAAGCUUGAGCAACAACAACAGAUCGUCGGACUGUUUGAGGAAGAAGAAAAUCACAUCUCGGGCCGCCGAUAAAGACUCUCCGGCUCCUCAUCCACUGCCCAAUCGCAUGGAUAAGAGUUCAGCUUCGCCAACGAAUAGUAGGAAGCAAUUUGUUACUUCACCUGAGAAGGAAGAUCGGUACUACACAACAAGAGGUUCAUUAGGGUUGGACGAGAACGGGAAGGUGUUAGGAUUAGAUAAUCCUGGUCCUGCAAGGGAUGACAAAGGAAGCCGUGCUUGGCCAAGGUUAUUUCUAUCAUUGUCUAGUAAAGAAAAGGAAGAGGAUUUCAUGGCUAUGAAAGGGUGUAAGCUACCUCAAAGGCCCAAGAAAAGAGCAAAAUUGCUCCAGAAAAGCCUACUUCUGGUGAUGCCCGGUGUAUGGUUAUCAGAUUUGUGCCAGGAGCGGUAUGAAGUCAGGGAGAAGAAGACUUCAAAGAAGAGACCCAGAGGAUUGAAGGCCAUGGGAGGUAUCGAUAGCGAAUCAGACAGAGAGACGUGAAAAAAAGGCAAGAAGAUACAACUUUAUCGAGUAGUUAGGACUCGAGUAUGCAACUAGGGACAGAGAUCAAAGCCGGGUAAAAGAAAAAGUUGAAAGAAACAGCGUGAUCUCUCUUCCCUUGGUUUGUUAUGUAUUGCUUCGGCAUUUUUGAGACUUGGAAAAUAAACUUCAUUAUCUGCCCUA